AUGGCUUCUCCAACUAUACUGUCGUUGGAGGAGAAGAGGAAGUUGGGCUCUGAUAGUGAGGACAGUGAGGAUGAUGACAGGCCUAUAGGCUCGACUGAGAAGAAGCGCUCGCCAGCGGCUACGGCACGGGUUUGGGGAAGUGCUCUUGAUAACUUCUUCAAGUCGAGUGAAUUCGAGGAUCAGAAAUUAACGCCGGGCGAGUGGCAUAAACCUCGGACUAAUGCGAGCAAAUUGGCAGUUUUGAAUAGACGCCGUGUGGCUACUACUAAGAAGUGUUUAGAGGAUCCUGGAGUGUCCAUGUCGCGUAGUGGUACUAAGAGGCCCAGGAGGAAAGUAAAGGAGUUGAGCAGUGGUAGUAGCAGCAGCAGCGACGCCCCUCCACCGAGGAAGAGGACACAACGAUUACGGAAGGGUAGGAAGCCUCAGUCUAGUGACGAUGAGGAUGAUGAUGACGAACCUUUGAAUAAGCGGUUUGGGAAGAAGGAAAGGUCUCAGGGAGUUGUUGGAUUGACUGAUGCAUUUACUCUGAGUGAUGAUGAGGAGGAGGAUCUUCCUCCAGUGUCGAGGGGACGAGGUAUGCGAAGACGGCAGAAUAGGCGAGGGCGGCAAGCGGAGGAGGAGAAGGAGGAGAGCGAAUCAGAGGCGACUAGCAGUAGUAGUGAGUCCAGUGGUAGUGAUGGGGAGUCUGUGGGGGAGGAGGAGGAGUCGGAUGAGGAAGAUGAAAUGGUGGUCAGGUUCCCAGUUGAAGAAGGCAAAUAUAUAUUCCAACACCUGCGAUUCACAGGUGACGGCUAUGAUAGUGAUAUUGAGGAGCCUUCUGAGAAGCAGUCCAUACCAAAAAUUGAGAAGAUCAUAGCUAGAAGGGCUCUGGGUCGGGGAUUUGAGUACUUGUGUAAGUUCGCUCAUCAGAGCUACUUGCAUGCUCAGUGGGUGCCUAGUGAGGAGAUGGUUGAUUUGGAUGGCGAUCAGAGGUCUACCAAAAUGCGGAAUUUUAACCAGAAAUAUCAUCGUGGAUCAGAUGGGGAUACGCCGCAGAGGCACGCGCAUCUUAAGGAUGCUGCUUACCCGGGUUCGGGAAUGAUAAACCCCGCGUACGUCACAGUGGAGAAGAUCCUGGCGUUGAGGUUGGCGGACUCUGGCGCUACCGAGUACCUCUGCAAGUGGUAUGGGUUGGGGUACGCUGAGAGUACUUGGGAAGGAGCGUCCGAUGUGGAGACGGCGGCGAGGCUGACAGAGAGGGGCAGGGGAUUGGAGGAAAUUAUGGGAGAAUUUCGGGGGGAAAAUGACCCGAUGAGGAGAGGGGCGAUGGACUUUGACGUCAGUCUGAAGAUGCGUACGGGCGCGACGGCUGGGUUCAGCAAAGCGUGUGGUAAGGAGGACGAGGAUAAGAAGGCUCUAGUGUACUGCACUGUGAGGAAGCCCUGGGAGAAGGGGACGGAGGCGGAGUCGGCUCGCCAACUGUUUGAGUUCCAAGUACAGGGAAUAACAUGGAUGCUUAUGCGAUGGGAGAAAGGUUCUGGGUUCAUAUUGGCGGAUGAAAUGGGUCUCGGGAAAACCAUACAGACGUCGGUGACGUUGUCGCACAUACGAGCAUGCUUGCUUAACAACAGCCCCAAGAGAGCCGCGAGGAUGCCCUUCCUCGUCGUGGCACCAGUGAGCACUCUGGUGAAUUGGAAGAGAGAAAUAGAGGCUUGGACACCCCUAACAGUGACUGUAUAUCACGGCACUAAGAAGGACCGGGCUGUGAUAAGGAGGUAUGAGUGGCCGACAUGCAGGUUGGAGCCGACAAGGCAGAGUUGCAUUAUCAAUAGGCAGAAAGCUGAGGAGUUCCCCAAGUUCGACGUAUUGAUAUGCAGCUAUGAGACCUUAUCAGCUGAGCUUGACAACUUUACCGCAUUCCAGUGGUGUGCUGGGGUCUUCGAUGAAGCACACAGAUUAAAGAGUGUGGGCAGUAGGAUGAGAGAGGCCUGCUCGAGGGUGCCCUGCCUCAGCCGCUUCCUUCUCACGGGCACUCCGAUUCAGAAUAACAUUGGGGAGAUGUGGUCCCUGCUGAAUCUGGCUAAUGAGACUUUGUGGCCAGAGGAAGGGCGGGAGGCAUUCUUGGAGACCUAUGGUGAUAUGAAGGACGGACAAACGGCUUUGAAGCUGAAGAAGGAGGUUGCCUGUUGUAUGAUACAGAGAAGGAAGGCGGACGUCCUUGCUCACUUGAUCCCGGCGAAGAGGGAGGUCAUCAUUAAUGUCGAGAUGACUGCGGCUCAGAGGGAAAUCUAUAAGGCGGUUUACUCGAGGAAUAUACAAAAACUGAUGUCGAGUGGUGAUGGUGAAAAGAAGGGCGGCGGGCCGUCGCUGAUUAACUUGGCUAUGGAGCUCCGAAAGUGCUGUAACCAUCCAUUCCUGAUCACGGGAGUGGAGGAGCAGUUGACCAGCAGGCUGAAGGGCGAUCAGGAUGCGAUAAACCAGCUGCUGGUGUCGGCGUCGGGGAAAAUGGUAUUCUUGGAGAAGUUGAUCGAUAAGCUCCUCGCAGAGGGAGAGAAGGUGCUGGUAUUCAGUCAGUUCACGAUGCAGUUGGAUAUCAUCGAUGAUUACCUUAGAGCUAGGGGUGUACGAUUUGAGAGGCUAGAUGGUAAUGUGAGUGCUGGAGAUAGGCAGGAAGCGGUGGACAGGUUCAACCGCUCUACCCCGUCGCCUUCACCGUCACCAUCGGUGUCACCAAGUCCGGAAGAUGAGGCUAAUGAUGGAGUUGUUGGUGUUGAUGAUUUCUCAUCGAUGGUCUUCCUGUUGUCUACUAAAGCUGGUGGAGUUGGCCUUAACCUGUGCGCUGCUAGUGUGGCUGUUAUAUUUGACUCGGAUUGGAACCCUCAGAACGACCUACAGGCUAUGGCUAGAUGUCAUAGAAUCGGCCAAGUUAAGAACGUGCAGGUGUAUCGAUUACUAACCCGAAACACUUAUGAGGAGCGCAUGUUUGCUGUGGCCUCGCAUAAGCUAGCAUUGGAGAGAGCGGUGAUGUCCGGUUUGGAGGCGCGNNNNCAGGCUCCUGAAGAUGCAGCGCAGUCGUCAGCGUGGAAUGGUGUAUCGAAGGCAACGUUUGGUACGUCGGAGGGAGUGGAAAUGCCCAGUAUGGACGACCCGGAGUUUUGGACUAAAAUGGCAGAGGCUGGUGGGAUCGAUCUUGGGCAGCAGUCGCUCGGCGAGGAGUGUGAGGAGGAAGGGGAGGCUGGAGGCUCUACUGUGGACACGCUGCCUCGGCGUGGUAGGGGUGGGGGUAUAGUGGACAGAGAGGAGUACAAACCGGAGAGCGAUGGUGAGGAGGACAGUGAUGAUGAUAAAAGGUCUGGGGGAAAAGGUCGGCGAAAGAGGAAGGCCCGUGCGAAGGCUACGCCUAAGGUGAAGCCUGUUGCUGCUAAAGCGAAGCGGACACCGCCCUCGAGUGGUGGAAGGAGUCGGACUAAGAAGUCUACUACUACCACAAACGCCGACAAGAAGGGCACAGGGAUGGGCCUACCGAAAGGGCAGCGGAGCAUCGCAGACUUCUUUCUGGCUAAGCCUCGUGAAGGGCCUGGUCUCAGUGGUGGAUGA